GUCCCGUGCGGCUCACCGUCCUAGUACUGGGACCAGCCUCCCCGCCCUCAGUGUCACAUCCUAUGGCCUGCCGAGCCCCUCGGACGAACAGUUUCGGUUAAUUGGCCCGCGAUUUUAUUGUCGUGCAGCUCCUCGCCCAAUUAGGCGGUCCCGGGCAUUCUCUGGGCUGUCUCCUCCAAGCGCUCUUGAUGCACGCACUCGGAAGCUUCCUCAAGAAAAAACGGACGAGGGAAGGCAAUCGCAGCAAUCCGAGCAAUCCACCGAGCCAGCCGGCGAGCCCCAUCACUCCGACGGGCGACGGCAGCUUCGACCAGAUCAGGGCUUCCCGCGUCUCGCACUCCAGCGCCGCGUCACAGACUACCGGCACUCCGCACUCGUCUUUCGCCUCGACCACUGCUACACGCCUGAGCAGGCCGGCCGACGAGGCGGCCGAGAAGCAGCAAUCAAUGAAUAGUCUGCCGGUGCAGCAGCCACCGUACCAGGUGCCACAGCAUUCUCCCUCGCCCGGGACGACCGAGUCCCAGAAUGUACCGCGUAUCGCCAAUCUAAUCAACCCUCCGCAACAUGACGUUGCGACCGGCUAUCAGCAGCACCUGGGAACCCACUAUUCUCAUCAACCCUCAAACAAUGGCGGACCCCAACCGUCUUCCAUGCUGCUCCAACACCAACAAUUUCAAAAUCACUUUCAACAACAACCGCCACCCCAGCCGCAACCACAGCAGGAACAAGUUCGGGUGACCAAGGGGAAGUACUCGCUGGCGGAUUUUGAGCUGCUGAGGACGCUAGGAACAGGCAGCUUUGGCAGGGUCCAUCUGGUGCAAUCCAGACAUAACAGCCGGUUUUACGCCAUCAAGGUUCUAAAGAAGGCGCAAGUAGUCAAAAUGAAGCAGGUCGAGCACACCAAUGACGAGAGGAGAAUGCUAGGCGAGGUGAAGCACCCAUUCCUGAUCACGCUGUGGGGCACCUUCCAAGACGCAAAAAACUUGUACAUGGUCAUGGAUUUUGUGGAAGGAGGCGAGCUCUUCUCAUUGCUAAGGAAAUCCGGGCGCUUCCCGAAUCCGGUAGCCAAGUUCUAUGCUGCAGAAGUGACGUUGGCUCUUGAGUAUCUACACUCGCGUAAUAUCAUCUAUCGAGACCUCAAGCCGGAAAACCUGCUCCUUGAUCGCCAUGGCCAUCUAAAGAUCACCGACUUUGGUUUCGCCAAGCGGGUACCGGACAAGACAUGGACGCUCUGCGGUACGCCCGAUUACCUGGCCCCCGAGGUUGUUUCUAACAAGGGAUACAAUAAAUCGGUGGACUGGUGGUCAUUAGGGAUCCUGAUAUACGAGAUGCUGUGCGGCUAUACCCCCUUCUGGGAUAGCGGGUCGCCCAUGAAGAUCUAUGAAAACAUUCUUCGGGGUAAAGUGAAGUAUCCGGCAUACAUUCACCCUGAUGCGCAGAACCUCUUGGAAAGGUUGAUUACGGCCGAUCUUACGAAGAGGCUAGGGAACCUUUAUGGGGGUUCACAGGAUGUGAAGAACCACCCGUGGUUUGCCGAGGUGACGUGGGAUCGGCUGGCGAGAAAAGACAUUGACGCUCCAUACUCGCCGCCAGUCAAGGCGGGUGCUGGGGACGCAAGCCAGUUUGACAAGUAUCCCGAGGAAACGGAGCGGUACGGGCAGCAGGGGCAUGAUGAAUAUGGCCACCUCUUUCAAGAUUUUUGAGAGCAGUCUCGACGCGCAACGCAUUUGCCACGUGUCGUUGCCCUGGUACAAA